UCCAAAUAGCCGUCAUUCACUCGCUCACUCUCUUUGUUCCGCCUCUCUCUCCCAUUCAUUCUCUCACUCUCUCGCUUCCCGCCACCACCACCACCACCGUCCUACGCGGGCAAGAGACGGUAGCGAGUAGAAUGUUUGCGUCGAUUUGAUCUUCGUAAACCUAGGGUUUUUGUUGGUGGUAAUUUCACUUUCUUAUUUAUAAUUUUGGAUCGAUUCAUUUCGCGGAUUAGUUGAUUUAAUGGCGUCUGAAGAUGUGAAAACGAACGACUCGGCGGUGUCGAAGAUCGUAAAUCUGGCUGAGGAGGCGAAGCUUGCUAAGGCAGACAUCAAGCCUUCUAAGUACCAAGUCUACAGCAUUUGCAAAUCUCUCGUCGCCGGAGGCGUCGCAGGAGGAGUGUCUCGGACUGCUGUAGCUCCAUUGGAGCGAUUGAAAAUUUUGCUCCAGGUUCAAAAUCCGCAUAGCAUAAAAUAUUCUGGUACUGUUCAAGGUUUGAAGUAUAUAUGGAGAACUGAGGGUCUUCGAGGACUGUUUAAGGGAAAUGGCGCAAAUUGUGCUCGUAUUGUCCCGAACUCGGCCGUGAAGUUCUUUAGCUAUGAGCAAGCAUCCAAGGGUAUAUUGCAUUUGUACCGGCAGCAACCUGGGAACGAGGACGCUGAACUGACUCCUUUAUUACGUCUGGGAGCGGGAGCAUGUGCUGGGAUAAUUGCUAUGUCUGCUACAUACCCGAUGGACAUGGUUCGAGGCAGACUUACUGUACAGACAGACAAGUCUCCUUAUCAGUAUAGAGGAAUGGUUCAUGCUUUAUCAACCGUGCUUCGAGAGGAAGGCUUCCGUGCUCUGUAUAAGGGCUGGCUUCCAUCUGUCAUUGGAGUUGUACCAUACGUUGGCCUCAACUUUGCUGUUUAUGAAUCUCUCAAAGAUUACUUGAUUAAAUCUAAGCCAUUUGGUCUUGUUGAAGACAAUGAAUUGGGUGUAGUUACAAGGCUUGCAUGUGGGGCAGCAGCAGGCACAGUUGGACAAACUGUUGCUUACCCUCUUGAUGUCAUUCGCCGUAGAAUGCAGAUGGUGGGGUGGAAUAAUGCUGCUUCAAUUGUCACUGGUGAUGGGAGAAGUAAGGCUCCCCUCGAAUAUAGUGGCAUGGUCGAUGCUUUCAGGAAAACUGUUAGACAUGAGGGCUUCCGAGCAUUAUACAAAGGAUUGGUCCCCAAUUCAGUGAAGGUUGUCCCAUCAAUAGCCAUUGCGUUUGUGACAUACGAACAAGUGAAAGAGUUGCUGGGAGUAGAGAUUAGAAUAUCUGACUGAUGCACAGCAGAUAGAGCUCUAAUUUUCAUUCAAUUUACAGUAUGAUUUUUGUUCGCUGGACGAGGAUAAUAAUUUGAUUUGAUCUAAGAUGCUCUCUUUCGCGAGGAGAAGCGACCGCUACAUCGCCUGCUUAUAGGUUUUACCAUGGAUUUUGCCGUCAUGGUAGUAAUAUUAGCUAAUAAUAAGAACAAUGCAAUAAAGUAGCUGUUUAGGUCUAUGCUUGAUGAGUGAGUAAGUGAGUUAGUAGUAUUUUUGUACAUGGCAUUUGCUUUGUUCAAUAAACUUGCCUACCUUUUGGAACUAAAAAAUUGGAUGAUUUCUUGUUUGAA